AUAAUACAAGAAGAAGAAGAAGAAGAAGAAGAACACGGCGCUGUGUUUCCUGAAGACCCAACGAUGGCGGAUGUUUCUAUUGACAGUUUAAUUCUGAAGCUCCACGAUGUGAACGCGGUGAAGUUCGGGGAGUACACGCUGAAGAGCGGCUUGUUGACACCGAUUUAUAUCGACCUGAGGGUUCUGGUUUCCCAUCCUGCUCUGAUGAACCAGGUUUCGAGUCUCCUCUACCAGCGAGUGAAAGAAGAGAAACUUCAGUUUGACUCGGUGUGUGGUGUGCCGUACACAGCCCUCCCUUUGGCCACAAUUAUCUGCUCUACGCAUGAACUGCCCAUGCUCAUCAGGAGAAAGGAGGCCAAGGACUAUGGAACUAGGAAGCUGGUGGAGGGGUCAUUUCAUGAGGGCGAUACGUGUUUGAUCAUCGAGGACACGGUGACCAGUGGCAGCAGCAUCCUGGAGACAGCAGAAGUGCUCCACAAGGAAGGGCUGAAGGUGACGGAUGCCAUUGUGCUGAUGGAUAGAAAGCAAGGUGGGGCGGAGAUGUUGGCGUCUCGGGGAAUUCGGCUCCUGCCAAUCAUCUCCAUGUUUAAGCUGCUUGAUGUGCUGCGUGCAGCGGGACGCAUCGAUGACCAAACAGCCCAGAGUGUGCGCAAGUUCAUCCAGGAAAAUAACACUUUCGGGCCUAAGAAGAUGAAUGGCACUGGUGUUUCAACUCCCAAGAUUCCUUGUAUGGAACAGAAGCGAGUUCUGAGCUACGCAGAUAGAGCUGAGCUGCCAAAAAUCCACCCUCUGGCAUCUAAGCUGCUCAAGAUCAUGGAGGAGAAGCAGUCCAACCUUUGCGUCUCCGCCGACGUGACAAGCGGCAAGGCGCUGCUCCAGCUGGCUGAGUCUCUUGGUCCAAAGAUCUGCAUGUUGAAGACUCACUGUGACAUCCUGAAGGAUUUCACACCAGAGUUCAUCCAGAAACUUCAAGCUGUGGCUGACGAACACAACUUUCUCAUAUUUGAAGAUCGCAAGUUUGCUGAUAUUGGAAAUGCAGUCAAGCAACAGUAUGAGGGCGGUGUGUUCCAGAUCGCGUCUUGGUCUCACAUUGUCAACGCCCACGCUGUGCCGGGGCCCGGGAUCGUGAAGGGCCUGGGUGCUGUGGGGAAGCCUUUGGGGCGAGGCUGUUUGCUCAUUGCACAGAUGAGCUCCCAGGGGUCUCUGGCCACUGGUGAAUACACAAAAGCUGUGGUGAAGAUGGCAGAGGAGCACUCAGACUUUGUGAUUGGAUUCAUCUGUAACUCUAAGACAAUUGAAAAACCAGAAUUUAUCCACAUGACCCCUGGUGUGCAGAUACAGGCUGGAGGCGAUUUGUUGGGCCAACAGUACACAACCCCAGAGGAGGUCAUCUACAACAAAGGUUCAGACGUCAUCAUCGUGGGACGAGGCAUUUUGGAGGCACCCAAUAGCCUCGAAGCUGCGGAGUCGUACAGAAAGUCAGGCUGGGAUGCUUACAUUAGGAAAGUGGGUCAGAGUCACCAGUAAGAUCUCAAGAGUGGAAUUUGCAUCAUUGUGCUGAAGUACGACAGCUGAGGGCCUCUAUAGGAGGGGAGCAAACAUUCAGGGACACUCUGGCCACCACAUACUGUCUUAGUAACUAUAGAUGUGUUACUGUUUAGAUUUCUGUUCAGCUCAGCUCAGUUUGCUGUUUGCAUCAAAGCAAACAUUCCUCAAAAAAGUGCAUUACCUUACAUUAUGCUGGUUGAUGCGUUUACAGGCUAAAAUUGGUGGGUGUUUUUAGUUUUGAUGCAUUCAAUUACUAGGAAAACUUUAUUUCAGUAUUCAGUCUGAGGAAUAGUUGCAUCAAGUGUAAUUUGUUUAGUAAAGACCUCUUCUUUCACCAUUCUAUGACAUGAUUUCCCAUAGUUUCUACAAGAUUUAACCUGAAUCCCUGCAAAUUGACACCAACAAUUACGAUGGUAUAAGUAUGUUUGAUUGAAACUCACAGUAAAUUUCAAUACUUUAAAGAAAACAGAUUUAGGAAAUAAAGAUAUAAAAAUAAACAAUCCUUGUCACCUUUCACUUUCAUUAUAUAUUAAAACCGAGUCUGAAAACCA